UCUCACGCCCAAAAAUCUGCAAUCAAAGUACUCCGGAGAAUGAAGUACUUUGUGGCCAGACAGAAAUUUCAGCAAGCGAGGAAACCGUAUGACGUGAGGGACGUGAUGGAGCAGUACAACCAGGGACACCUCACCAUGAUGGUCCGCAUUAAGGAGCUACAGAGGAGACUGGACCAUACGUUGGGGAAAGCAGGAAUGUUUCUGGCAGAGAAAGGUGUAGAUAAAGAAUACUACACUGUGGGAGCCAGACUGGUCCGCCUGGAGGACAAGAUGGACCAGAUGAGCCAUAAGAUGGAGGCGGUGCUGAAGAUCUUGGUGGACCAGUACAAACCCAAGGCAGAGCUGCUCCAGAGGGCCCCAGCCCCUCCACUCCCAGCCCCCUACAGCUCUCGCAUCAGCAUCAUGAGGCGUCAGAACAUGGGCGUCAGCUUGGACGAGGGACGGUGAUGUCACAGUGGGCAGACAGGCGCCGGGGAUGGAACCACCAGGGACCAGUAGGACCAACCGUGAGAUAUCAGUUGCAAUGUGAAGAUAAAUCAUUUAAAAAUUCAUUGUCAGCUGCUUGACCAGGAGGGCACAGACUCCAAUAAAGAAAAGGGAGCACUCUUCUUACCUUAUUAAAAAGAUGGUGUCGUUUGGCUACUUCUAGUGCCCUCUGUUUUAUAACCCCCAAAACCUUUACAUCACUGUCUUUGACCGCUGACCUUAGAGAGAGAACGUGAACAACUCAGCUCCUGCUUCUGUUCUCCUCUGCUGAAGAGGCGUGCUUGUAUGAAAGUGAGGGCUAUAGAGAACUAUGAGAGGGGACAUGGCAGCAGUAUACUGACAGCUAGAGACGUACAGUGAUGCCGUCCAUCCUCCCUCCCCCCAUCAUGGUGAAUGGGCAUACGAGGUCCUCCUCUUCUUCAGAAGUUUCUUCCCUCUUUCUCCCUCUUUAAUAUCAGCACUAUG